UACAUGUGGUGCACGUGAAAAUGAGGCUGAGGACGCGGAAGGCUUCUCAGCAGUCGACCGCGAUCCACACGCAGCGGGCGCUGCGCGCCAAGAGGAAACACUCGGAGGUGGAGGAGAGCUUACCUGUCGGCGGGGCAAAACCACAGAAAAAUGACGCGGGCUUGUUGUCCUCCAUCAAAAAGCUUAUCAAAGGAAGCACACCCAAGGAAGAAAGAGAAAAUCCUGCAAAAAGAAGUAGAAUUGAACGGGAUAUAGAUAACAACUUGAUCACAUCCACACCUCAAACAGGAGAAAAGCCUAACAAACAGAUCUCUCGAGUAAGGCGGAAAAGUCAAGUGAAUGGAGAAGCUGCAAGUUAUGAAAUGACAAACCAACAUGUAAAGCAAAAUGGGAAAUUAGAAGAUAAUCCUGCUACUGGCAGUCCCCCACGAACUACAUUAUUGGGCACCAUCUUUUCCCCUGUCUUCAAUUUUUUCUCACCAGCAAAUAAAAAUGGAACAUCAGGAUCAGAUUCGCCAGGACAGGCUGUUGAGGCUGAAGAGAUAGUCAAGCAGCUUGAUAUGGAACAGGUAGAUGAGAUUACGACAAGCACUGCUACAUCGACCAAUGGAGCAGCCUACACGAGCCAAGCGGUGCAGGUCAGAUCUGUCGUCAACAAUGGUUUGGAAGAAGCGGAGGAGACGAACGAUCGUGAUCUGCCACCGCUUACAGCACCAGUAUCUCCAGACAGUGGCUACUCAUCAGCUCAUGCAGAAGCCACCUAUGAAGAAGACUGGGAAGUCUUUGAUCCAUACUAUUUCAUCAAGCAUGUUCCACCACUAACAGAAGAACAACUUAACAGGAAGCCAGCUCUUCCACUGAAAACGAGAAGCACACCCGAGUUCUCAUUAGUUCUAGACUUGGAUGAAACGUUAGUGCACUGUAGUCUAAAUGAAUUAGAAGAUGCUGCACUCACUUUUCCAGUCCUUUUUCAAGAUGUAAUUUACCAGGUUUAUGUCCGGUUACGGCCGUUCUUCAGAGAAUUCCUGGAACGUAUGUCUCAGAUUUAUGAGAUCAUUCUUUUUACUGCUUCUAAGAAGGUGUAUGCUGACAAGUUACUGAACAUAUUAGACCCAAAAAAGCAGCUGGUCAGGCAUCGACUAUUCCGUGAGCAUUGUGUUUGUGUACAAGGAAACUACAUAAAGGAUUUAAACAUUCUUGGUAGAGAUCUUUCAAAAACGAUCAUAAUUGACAAUUCACCACAAGCCUUUGCCUAUCAGCUUUCAAAUGGAAUUCCUAUUGAAAGCUGGUUCAUGGACAAAAAUGACAAUGAACUCCUAAAAUUGAUUCCGUUUCUGGAGAAACUUGUAGAGCUGAAUGAAGAUGUCCGACCUCACAUCAGAGACAGAUUUCGCUUGCAUGACUUGCUACCCCCAGAUUAAAGCCUUUUGUCUAAUUACUGAAGGGGGAGAAAAUGCAGGACCCUUUUGGACUAAGACAAAAACAUUGCCAUUACUGUUGAAAUUUUGCAUUUUUGUACCCCGUCUUGCUUUUCUUAUCUUUGGUGCCCAACAAUAAUCAAGGGUUACAGAAAGAGACUUUGUACAUCUGAGAUGGAAUACACACAGUACAAUACAGUACCGCGCGGUAGGUAGGCUAGAACAGAAAAGUCUUUAGAACUAGUGCAACUCCAACGGAAUUUUUUUUAUGUACAGGACAUCUGCAGUUUAUAAAGAAUUCUGUUUCUGCCACCAGCAGUCUGACCUGUAGAAACACAGGAUUUUAUGAUAUAACAGAGAUUGAAAAUGGACUCUUAUUUUCUCUCUGUUCGGUGCUCUAAGUGGGUUUGUAGCCACUUUUCUGUUACUUUUAAGAUUCUCAUUUCAACAGGAAUGGCCAGUAAAAGUUGUUUUAUUUUUUCCUGUUAAGGUUUAUAACCUUUUUACAUUUUUGACCUGUAUUAGAUUAGAAUUUCAUUAUGCAUUCCUUUUAGUUGAGGCGCUUCAUAGUUUUUUCUGGAAAUAGCCAAAUUUUAUUAGUUUUUUAUUAUACAGUUGAAUGGCCGUUUUCCUGCUUUGUCUGCCUGCAUACUGUAUAUUUGUUUAAAAAUAUUCUCUAGUUUUAGUCCAUGUAAGUUUCAUUUAGAGAAAAAAAAAAAAAAAGAAAAACCGCAUUUAUAUUUUGUUUCUGUAAUAUUCUACUGUAGUUGAAAUCUUUUCAAAAAUCAAGAGACUGGCUAGAUAAGAGUAUAAGACUUGCGAAUAUUCAGCCUAUUUAAACCAUUGUGAUGGCACGUGCUCUGGACGGCAGGACGUUGCAGUGGCGCAAGGAGCUGACGGACGRGGGCCGCCUGCGAGCCCGGCGCGCCCUGCCGAGGAGACGUGGCGUGGGGCGCUCUGGGUCCGGUGCCGUUCAGCUCGCGCUGCCCUCCGCCUCCUCCGCGAGUGCCGGGCUGUGCACGCUGCCAGUAUUCCCGGGCCCGGCCCGUGCUCCCGCUGUUCCGCUCCUGCUCACAAUCAGUGCUAGGGCCGGCGUAGCAGCCGGGGCGCCGAGCCGGGGCGCCAACACUCCCGCUAUCAUAGUGGUUUCCUAUGCUCCAUGGAAAUAGUCUCCAAGCCGUGCGCCUCUAAUGCAGCUCCUCCCAGAGGUUGAUAUUUUUAUAAUGGUGCGUAAUCUCCUUUUCCGGAGGCUUUUUAUGGAAGGUAUAAUUUGUAAAAGUUAGGAUGCGUUGCCUCUCGACUGCAUUAACACGCCACAGGCUCGGACUGUUUUUGUGUAAAAGAUGUCACAGAACGGCACUUUUUCUAAAGAGAAGUUUGAUAUUUUGUAUGCUUGUUAAGAAAGUACAGUAUUGGAAAUUAAAGGUGGACAACUGAUAAUUGAGAAGUAUGUCAAUUAAUUUUUUAUGUAUAUUACCUGUUUACUUGUACAAUUUUAUUGUACAAAUUACAUGCAGCUUCAUUUUCAAAUGAGUCCUUAAAAUAAGGAAAAUCUUUUUAGGAAAACAUUUAAUUUUUGUAUUUUUGAUUUUAAAAGGCAUGAGUUAUGUCAACUUUUUCCAGUGUAUUAAUGAAGAUUUUAACUUUUCAUCAGGUUGAGUGUUUUCUUACUAUAUUAUCUGUUGUGUAUGUAGCUAGCACAUUGUGUCACUGAACUGUUUAAAGAAAAUAGCAUGUAGAGCAAGCCUGUUUUGUGGAAAAUCUUUAUUCAUUAAAAAAAAAAAAAAUCAUCAUGGCAGAUUUUCUGCAAAAAAAGUGAAAACAUUUGCAAUUCAGAAUACUGAUUUUUUUUGUAUUUAAAGAAAGGUAUUUUGCUUGCAGGAAAGAAAUACUACAGAUUCAUUUUAAUGAGAAUCUUUUAAAUGUAUUUAUCUUUAGGGCAUCUGGGCAUCUUUACGCUGUUUGUCUUAUGUCUUUAUUGAAAUAAAAUGUACAUAACAUUACCUUUAUAUAUGCUUUUGCGCAGACGUGUGAACCCUGUAACCAUCCCCUUUUCUUCCUGUUUUUAUGUUGAUAAGAUGGUUCUGGAAAUAUUUAUAGAUUUUGAAAAUGGCCAGCUUGUAUUUGAAUUGCUACCUGGUUUGCCAACUAUUUUUUAGUUGUUUUUUUAAU